AGAAAAAGAUCCUUCAUCUCCAUGUGAAAUCUCUCUUACUGACCCGACUCCUGCUUUCAGGGAAUGCUCGCUGUCGAUUCCUGCAGCCGCAUUUGACUGCAAAACUGGUUGGGAUCUCCCUAUAUGCGCACACAUCAGUCCCUAUUAUCAGCGCAGGGCACGAGCUGCUCCCCAUCCCGGCGUUGCGAAGCGUUCCGUCCCUCAGGGAUCCCUUCCUCCUCCCCGGAACAAACCGCUCCGUGCCUCGCCUCGCCCCAGCCCGGACCUUCUGCCGGAGCCCCACGGCGCCUGCGCUUCCCCGCCCCAGCCCGGCGGCAUGUCGCUGCCCGAGCCUCUGCGGCGCCGCCUGGGCUCCUUCAGCCGCUCCAUGUUCACCGACGGCCGCCGCUCCGGCCCGCACAGCCGCAGCGAGCGCGCAGAUAAUGAAAUACUUGCCAGUUUACCACUACAGAUGUCUCUCUAUUUCAACGUUUACUUUUUCCCAUGUUGGUGGCUCAGCACAGUUGUUAUGCUCCAGCUGAAGUACACAGUCUUGUCAGAUUACUACAAAUUCAUCCUGGUCACAGUCGUGAUCCUGACUUCUCUAAUAGAGGUGAUUCGACUCUACCUGGGAUACAUGGGCAACCUGCAGGAGAAGGUCCCUGAGCUGGCUGGGUUUUGGCUCCUGACUCUCCUUCUGCAGUUACCUGUAAUUCUCUUCUUGCUAUUUAAUGAAGGUCUGAAGGUUCAGCCAUUGGAAAGAUCAGUUAAUAUCAUCUUUGCCCUCUUCCUCAUCUUCCAAGUUGUUGCAGCCUUUGUCACCCUGAAAAGAAUGGUAAACAAACUGGCAAUUCACUUCCACCUUAAUGACUUCAACAGGCUGGAGGAACACCCGGUGCGUCAUCCCUAUGGCUCGAGUAAAGAAGAGAAUGUACUUCCCAUGGCUAGUAUGGGUCCAUGCUGAGGAGCUUCAUGCAACAAGUUGGGCUGGGAAUGAAGCCCUAACAGAAGCAGGCGUUAUGAUGCUACAGCUGGGUUCCAUUUUGUUGGGUCAUUAUCUAUAUUUCUACUCCAGAGACAUUAAGAAAUAGAUCGUAAGUGCCAGCAUUAAACCUCAAAGUUGAGCUCCACUCUACAAGAAGAAAAAAUCAAAGCCAGUGACAUAAGUUGCUGAGUGGACCGCUUCAUUUGCACACUGUUAGUCAGUACAGAACCCACAGGGUAGCUUUGGUGGGUUUUACAUGUUAAAAAGUCACGUGCCAUUUCUAAAGAACACAAGUCUAUUUUCCUAACUGUUUGCACAGACAUAUUUUGUUUACAAUAAAGCCUUUUUGUAUGUUUGGAUUUCCA